AUGAGCCUUUCAGAACAAAACAAUACGAGGAGGGAAAACAGUAGCCAACGGCCCAGGAACAAUAAUUAUUCGCGGAACAAUCGUCGUGAGUGGGUCCCACGCGGAUCCGCGCCUGCUCCACAUACGUUAGUUCCAGCAGCUAGUGCAGAUGUUCCGAUUCAGAAUGACACUGGAAAUGGUGCCGAUCCGAUCAACAGGCCAGUCAGGCCCAAUGUUCCCAUGUGGAACAGGAACCCCGGUGGAUCGAGAGGCAAUCCAACCCGGUUCGCAAACCGAAGAGGGAAAGAGAGGGAGGAUAAGGGGAAGUUCAAUCGUGACGAGAAUCCCAAGACGUCGAAGGGUGCUAACAUACCCCAGCUCGUGCAGGAAAUUCAGGACAAGCUCUUGAAGGGUUCGGUUGAGUGCAUGAUUUGCUACGACAUGGUUAGAAGGUCUGCCCCCAUUUGGUCGUGCUCCAGCUGUUACUCAAUUUUCCAUCUGAGCUGCACCAAGAAAUGGGCUAAGGCCCCAACUUCUAUUGAUUUGCUGGCCGAGAAGAAUCAAGGUUCUAACUGGCGCUGCCCAGGAUGCCAGUCCGUGCAACUUAUGUCGGCGAAGGAGAUUCGAUACAUGUGCUUUUGCGGGAAAAGGCCGGAUCCGCCUUCCGAUUUGUAUUUGACACCACAUUCUUGUGGGGAGCCCUGCGGAAAGCAUUUGGAAAGGGUGAUUCCUGGCAGCGACAUGAGUAGUGAGGAUAUCUGUCCUCAUGUCUGUGUUUUGCAGUGCCAUCCAGGCCCUUGUCCACCUUGCAAGGCAUUUGCUCCCCCACGCAAUUGCCCUUGUGGGAAAAAGGUUAUUACCACGCGAUGUUCCGACCGAAUGUCGGUUCUUACAUGUGGGCAGGCAUGUGAUAAGCUUCUCGACUGUGGGCGGCAUCGUUGUGAGAGGGUCUGCCAUGUGGGUCCGUGUGAUCCUUGUGAGGUUCUCGUCAAUGCUUCCUGUUUUUGUAAGAAGAAGGUUGAGGUAGUUCUCUGCGGGGAUAUGACUGUGAAGGGGAAAGUGGAGGGGGACAGUGGCGUGUUCUCGUGCGGUUCUGUCUGCGAGAACAAACUCGACUGUGGUAAUCAUGUCUGCCAAGAGAUGUGCCAUCCAGGCUCAUGCGGCGAAUGCGAAUUAUUGCCGACAAGGAUCAAGACUUGCUGCUGUGGUAAGACGAACUUGACCGAGGAUAGACAAAGCUGUUUGGAUCCAAUCCCUACUUGUUCGAAGAUUUGCCAAAAAAUCCUCCCUUGUGGUUUGCAUCGUUGUGAGAACGUCUGCCAUUCCGGGACUUGCCCGCCGUGUCAUGUGCUCGUCGCCCAAAAAUGCCGCUGUGGGUCCACUUCCCGAACCGUAGAGUGCUACAGAACCGUCAUGGAAGAAGGAACAUUCACCUGUGACAAGCCCUGCGGUCACAAGAAGAACUGUGGGAGGCACCGUUGCAGUGAGCGUUGCUGCCCGCGCUACAAUUCCUCCUCUGGCCAGCCCUCGGCAGAAUGGGACCCACACCUAUGCUCGAUGCCAUGCGAGAAGAAGCUAAGGUGCGGGCAGCAUUCCUGCACCUCAUUGUGCCACAGCGGCCACUGUCCUCCAUGUCUGGAAACAAUUUUCACUGACCUGACGUGCGCCUGCGGUCGAACCUCUAUCCCACCCCCUCUGCCAUGUGGCACCCCCCGGCCCUCCUGCCAGCACCCAUGCUCGGUACCCCAGCCGUGUGGCCACUCAUCUUCCCACAGCUGCCAUUUCGGGUACUGCCCUCCGUGCUCAGUUCCUAUUGCCAAGGAGUGUGUGGGCGGGCACGUGGUGCUCCGUAACAUCCCUUGCGGGUCCAAGGACAUCAGGUGCAACAAGUUGUGCGGGAAAACGAGGCAGUGCGGGCUGCACGCAUGCUCUAGGACCUGCCACCCGGGCCCAUGUGGUUCCUCCUCCACCCCUGACCCGGUUGGCACUAGGAUGUCAUGUGGGCAGACUUGCGGGGCCCCCAGGAGAGACUGCAGGCACACGUGCACAGCCCCCUGCCACCCCCUGUCCCCGUGCCCAGACACGAGGUGCGAGUUCCCUGUCACCAUUUCCUGUUCCUGUGGCCGGAUGACAGCGGCCGUUUCCUGUGGGGCUGGAGGAGUUACCACCGAUGGGUAUAGUAACGUUGACAGCUUUCUGGAAGCUUCCAUAGUUCAGAAGCUUCCUGCGCGUCUCGAGGAGAAUGGGCAGAAAGUGCCGCUCAGCCAGCGGCGUCUCGUGUGUGACGACGAGUGCACGAAGAUGGAGCGGAAGAAGGUUCUGGCGGAUGCCUUUGGCGUGGGCCAACCGAGCCUGGACGUGCUCCACUUUGGGGAAACUGCAUUGGUCUCGGAGGUGAUAUCGGACCUUCUCAGGCGGGACCCAAAGUGGGUGCUGGCGGUGGAGGAGAGGUGUAGGCAGCUGGUCUUAGGGAAAAGCAGGGGUGGGUUAAACGCUCUCAAGGUGCACGUUUUCUGUCCGAUGCCCAAGGAGAAGAGGGACGCCUUGCGGCUGAUAGCAGAGAGGUGGAAGCUGUCGGUCAGCUCGGCUGGGUGGGAGCCGAAGAGAUUUGUGGUGGCUCACGUCACUCCCAAAUCAAAAGCCCCAUCCCGUAUCCUUGGUUUCAACAAGUCAUCCGGCCCAGCUGGAAAUAUGCUGCAGCCACCAGUUUUUGACCCCCAACUGGACAUGGACCCACGCCUCGUUGUUGCUUUAUUUGAUUUGCCUCGGGAUGCAGAUGUGAGUGCACUUGUUUUGAGAUUUGGUGGGGAGUGUGAGUUGGUUUGGCUGAACGAUAAAAAUGCUCUGGCAGUUUUUGGGGACCCGGCCCGUGCGGCUACUGCUAUGAGGAGAUUGGAUCAGGGGUCCGUUUACCAUGGAGCCGUUGUUGUGGUUGCUCAAAAUAGCGGGGGUUCUGUGGGUGUGAGCUCGGGUGGGGCUCUGAAGGGUAAUAAUCCGUGGAAGAAGGUGGUUAUGCAGGACUCGAGCUGGAAGGAGGGUAGUAGUAGUAGUUCGUGGGGGCCUGAGGAUUUGUCGAAAUCUUCUGGGGAUGCUAGUGGUGGGCCUAAUUCGAAGGAGAAAGAGGGUUUGGGUGUGGGCUCAGGCAACAGGUGGAGUGUUUUGGUGUCGGGAAGCAUUUCCAGGUCGAUCGAUGGUGCUUCUGUGAAAACCGAGAAUUUUCAGAACAGGACAGCUGAUGAUAAGAUGAUAACGGGCUCUGGUGGGUUGGAAGAAUCUGGUUUGAAUUCGGUGGUGAAUCGGGCAGGUUCAAGCAAGGACACUGUAGUGGAUGAUUGGGAGCAAGCCUAUGUAGAUUGA